CUCACUGUCGUGGCCUCUCUCGUUGCGGAGCACAGGCUCCGGACGUGCUGGCUCAGCGGCCAUGGCUUAUGGGCCCAGCCGCUCCGCGGCAUGUGGGAUCUUCCCGGACCGGGGCACGAUCCCGUGUCCCCUGCAUCGGCAGGUGGACUCUCAACCACUGCGCCACCAGGGAAGCCCCAGAAUCUUCAUUUUUAACAAGUUUAACAGACUGGUACAGGUGACCUGCAGCCCCUGCGUUCCUUCGGUGAGGGAUUGGCUUCCAGGGCUUUGGAGGUAGUAGGUGAUGUGGGGAGGAUGGACCUGGCUGACAACCUACCGUGUGACCUGGAGUGGGUUGCAUCCUCACAGAGUGUGUCUGCAUCUCUUAACACCAUGAAGUCAUGCGGGUUCAAGGACAUGGACAAAAGGUUUUGCACAGUGCUGUAACAGCCACCAUUUACUGACCUCUGACUCUAAACACAAAAGAGGUCAUCAGUGUGAAUGCCAAGAAGGAAAUAAUGCCAGUGAACAUUUCUUGAGUAUUUACUGUGUACAAUCCCCUGUGCUAACUCCUUUCUGUGGAUUAUUCUCGAUGAAAUUUUACAACACCCCGAAUAGGUGCUAUUAAUGGCCAUUCUACUAAUGAACUGACUGAGCCACAGAGCCGUUAAGUAACUUGCCCAAGGUCACGCAAAUGUGUAACUCUUCAGAGACUGAGGGAGGGAGGACGGGAGUGGGAAGGAGGAGAAGCAGAUUGAGCGAGCGGCUCAAGAAGAGGAAUCGACCCCAACGCCCACCAGGAACCUGCUGGACCUCGACACCUUCUCCAAGUCCGACCCCAUGGUGGUGCUCUACACGCAGAGCCGGGCCAGCCAAGAGUGGCGGGAGUUCGGACGGACCGAGGUGAUCGACAACACGCUGAACCCAGACUUCGUGCGCAAAUUCGUCCUCGACUACUUCUUCGAGGAAAAGCAAAACCUGCGCUUCGAUGUGUACAACGUCGACUCCAGAACCAACAUCUCCAAACCGGAUUUCCUGGGACAAGCGUUCCUGGCCCUGGGAGAGGUGAUCGGAGGCCAGGGCAGCCGAGUAGAGCGACCCCUCACGGGUGUACCAGGCAAGAAGUGUGGGACCAUAUUGCUGACCGCAGAGGAGCUUAGCAAUUGUCGGGAUAUUGCCACCAUGCAGCUGUGUGCAAACAAGCUGGACAAGAAGGACUUCUUUGGGAAAUCAGACCCCUUCCUUGUGUUCUAUAGGAGCAAUGAGGAUGGCACGUUCACCAUCUGCCACAAGACGGAGGUUGUGAAAAACACGCUGAAUCCUGUGUGGCAGCCCUUCAGCAUCCCUGUGCGGGUAUUGUGCAAUGGAGACUAUGACAGAACAGUGAAGAUUGAUGUGUACGACUGGGACCGGGAUGGAAGUCACGACUUCAUCGGUGAGUUUACCACUAGCUACAGAGAGCUGAGCAAGGCCCAGAACCAGUUCACAGUGUAUGAGGUACUUAACCCUCGGAAGAAAUGUAAGAAGAAGAAAUAUGUCAACUCGGGAACUGUGACGCUGCUUUCCUUUUCUGUGGACUCUGAAUUCACUUUUGUCGAUUACAUCAAGGGAGGGACGCAGCUGAACUUCACAGUAGCCAUUGACUUCACAGCUUCCAAUGGGAAUCCCCUGCAGCCCACCUCCCUGCACUACAUGAGUCCUUAUCAGCUCAGCGCCUAUGCCAUGGCCCUCAAGGCAGUGGGAGAAAUCAUCCAGGACUAUGACAGUGACAAGCUGUUCCCAGCUUACGGCUUUGGGGCCAAGCUGCCUCCCGAGGGACGGAUCUCCCACCAGUUCCCCCUGAACAACAAUGAUGAGGACCCCAACUGUGUGGGCAUUGAGGGCGUGUUGGAGAGCUACUUCCAGAGCCUGCGCACAGUGCAGCUCUACGGGCCCACCUACUUCGCCCCUGUCAUCAACCUGGUGGCCAGGGCUGCAGCCAAGAUCUCUGAUGGUUCUCAGUACUAUGUUCUGCUCAUCAUCACUGAUGGGGUCAUCUCUGACAUGACACAGACCAAGGAGGCCAUUGUCAGUGCCUCCUCACUGCCCAUGUCCAUCAUUAUUGUCGGUGUGGGACCAGCCAUGUUUGAGGCAAUGGAAGAGUUGGAUGGUGAUGACGUGCGCGUGUCCUCUAGGGGACGCUAUGCAGAGCGGGACAUCGUUCAGUUCGUCCCAUUCCGAGACUAUGUCGACCGGUCAGGGAACCAGGUGCUGAGCAUGGCCCGACUAGCCAAGGACGUGCUGGCCGAGAUCCCAGAGCAGCUACUGUCCUAUAUGCGCACCAGGGACAUCCAGCCUCGCCCUCCACCCCCUGCCAACCCCAGGCCGACGCCAGCUCCAGAGCAUCCCUGAAUAGCCCACCUAUCCAAAGCCUAGCACCCUGCUCACCUGCCCACCCACUGCUUCUGCUGAAAGCCAGAGGCACCUGGAACCCUGGACCUCACUGGAAGGCCAGCUUGGAGGAUCGGUACUGGCUGGUCGAGCCCUCUGCCCCCUCAACCAUAGGAGGGCCUGGCACUCCCUGCCUUCAUGCCAAUAAUAAAGCUGAUCUCU